GGAUGGGAGCUCUUCCCAUUGUUUCCUUCAUUAUUUUUCUGCUCAAGGACAACCUGUACUUGGUACGGCGCUCUGCCUGCUUCCACGCAAAAAAAAAACGUCGGAGACAAACACAUCCCCAUCUCGGCGCGCUACCUUGGCCUCGGUCGUUCAGACUUCCAACUGCAAGGCACGAUUUCAUGCAGAUCUGGAUCCUGAAUCCUGGCGGCCCCGACCAACUUUCCGCUACUAGUCCAUCCCCGUCCAUGUACAAUUACAUCAUGUCCAGAGCUAUACAUGCACUUAGCCUCCAGGUUGGAUGCGACGCUCCCGGCAUGUUUAAACCAAUCCGUACGCCUCGGCGAUGAGUUUAUCGACGUUCCCCUCCGCAUCUCAAUCUUCUCCUGAACCCUGCGGCCGACUGAACCGGUCCACCUUCACUCCAACGAAGCCAGCCUUGCACUCGCACCACAGUCGGCCAACCCACACGCUAGCAAACCAGCCAUGGCUCCCUUUCCGCCUCUCCCCAAUCUCACACCCAACCUUCCCUCCCCCCGCGCCAUCCUUAUCACAGCCGCUGCAAACCUCGACCCAACCAAAACCCUCCCCGACCUCCUCCACGGCCUCCAAAUCCACCCGCGACAAACCACCUCCGCCCCAGGCGCCACCGUGACCGUCGUCUCCUCCGGCCCCACCUCGUCGACUACCGACCCCAACGAAACAACCACCCUCUCAGGCGGCGCGAUCGCGGGCAGCGUGAUCGGCUCCAUCGCCGGCUUCCUACUGCUCUUCUGGAUCGUGCGCUCGUGCACCAACCUCGGCGCGCCGCCCGGCGAAGUCGAGAGCCUGCCGCCGCGCCGGCCGUGGUACGCCGGCGUGCGGGCGGAGUACCCGGACGAGCGGUGCCCGCCUGCCGGAUACGGCAAGAGUCGGGGCAGGGGUAAGGGCAGGGGUAGGCGGAGGAGUCGGAGUGGUGCUGCCUAUUAUCGGGAGGAAUAUGGCGGGUCGAGGAGGGCGAGUGUGGCUGAGGUGCCGCCGGUCGUGGUUAGGCUGGGGAGGAGUCCGCGUCUCGGGUAUUAUGGGUAGCUAAGGGGAAGGGGAUGGCGAGAGGGGAUGGAAGUCACAGCAGCCGCGG